CGAGCGGCGGGAGCGGAGGGGCGGCCGCGGGGCCGCCGCCACCAGGGAGGACCCGCCGUGGUGCUGCUCCAAAAUGCACAGGACCACCAGGAUAAAGAUCACCGAGCUGAACCCCCACCUGAUGUGCGCCCUGUGCGGCGGCUACUUCAUCGACGCCACCACCAUCGUGGAGUGUCUGCACUCCUUCUGCAAAACCUGCAUCGUUCGCUACCUGGAGACCAACAAGUACUGCCCCAUGUGUGAUGUCCAAGUGCACAAAACCAGGCCCCUCCUCAGCAUCAGGUCGGACAAAACCCUUCAGGACAUUGUGUACAAACUGGUCCCGGGGCUUUUCAAAGAUGAGAUGAAGAGGCGCCGCGAUUUCUACGCCGCGUAUCCCAUGGCCGAGGUUCCCAACGGCUCCAACGAGGAUCGAGGGGAGGUGUCCGAGCAGGACAAGGGGAACCUGACGGACGACGAGAUCGUCAGCCUGUCCAUCGAGUUCUACGAGGGCUCCAGAGAGGAAAAGAAAGGCACCGUCGAGAACGGGGACCUGGAGAAGGAGAAGAGCAACGGGCUGCGGUUCCUGCGCUGUCCCGCGGCCAUGACCGUCAUGCACCUCGCCAAGUUCCUCCGCAACAAGAUGGAUGUUCCCAGCAAGUACAAGGUGAGGGGAUCCCCGGGGGUGCCUGGGGGUGCCUGGGGGUGCCUGGGGGGUGUCUGGGGGUGCCCGGGGUCUGCUCAUUGCCCGGAUUUCGCUGGUGCUGUAGGAUGCCAUGGGGUGCUAUGGGGUGCUGUAGGGUGCUGUAGGAUGCCAUGGGGUGCUAUAGGGUGCUGUGGGGUGCCGUGGGGUACCGUGGGCGCCACAGGGUGCCAGCCGUGCCCCUCUGCCCCCCCUCCUUCCCCGCAGAACGGCCCCUUGCCUCUGAAAUACCGCGUCCAGCCCGCCUGCAAGCGGCUCAAGCUGUCCCACCCUGCCCCCUCCGAGGGCACCAACACCAGCGGCGCCUCCGAGUGCGAGUCGGGCAGCGACAAAGCUCACAGCCCCGCCACGCUCCCCGCCACCUCCUCCUCCCUGCCCAGCCCUGGCACCCCGUCCCACGGCUCGCCCAGCUCCGGCACCGGCACCACCCUCAACGGCACCUCGAACUGCCACCCCCUGGCACCCACCGGCGCCCGGUGCCGCAAAACGACUGUGAACGGCAGCGCGGGCUCGGCCUUGACCUAAAACCCCGCCCGGCAGGGACUGCCCCGCCCGCCCCGGCUUUUCUUAUGUAGAUUGUUCUAUACAGACCUUAUAUAAAUAUAUACGUUGUACAUAGGGAGAAAAAAAAAAAAAGAAAAAAAGAGAAA